AUGGCCAUGACUCUGGAAAUUCAUUCUGAUUUGUUUGAGCGGACACGACUAUCAAACAUGGCUGUGGAACAAAUAAUAGAAGGAACUUCUUUCACAUCUCCAUUGGUCCUACCGCUCAUCACUAUUUUAGUUGCGCUUGCUGCCAUUCAUUUUUGGCAACAGUCCCGACGUGAUCGUAAAAUUGGUGAUAUGAUUCCUGGUCCUCCAACAGUGCCAAUCAUUGGAAAUGCGCAUUAUUUUGUUAAUCUCAAAACUGACGAGAUCUUCGAGAAAGCUAUGAGCAUUUCUAACGUUUAUGGUCAUGUAAUUCGUGGAUGGAUUGGUCACAAAUUGGCAGUUUUCUUAUCUGACCCACGGGACGCUGAAUUGAUUCUUAGCAGUCAUGUUCAUAUCGACAAAUCGGAUGAAUACAGAUACUUUAAGCCUUGGUUAGGAAAUGGUUUACUAAUAAGCACCGGAGAGAAAUGGAGAACUCAUCGAAAACUUAUUGCACCAGCUUUCCAUAUGAAUGUAUUGAAGAGUUUCAUGCCAACUUUUAAUGACAAUGCCCGAUUUGUUGUGUCAAAAUUGAAAAAAGAAGUGGGAAAGGAGUUCGACUGUCACGACUACAUGAGUGAAGCUACAGUUGAUAUUUUGCUUGAGACUGCAAUGGGAUCAAGACGAACCAGUGAAGAUGAAGAAGGUUUUAGGUACGCAAUGGCUGUCAUGAAAAUGUGCGAAAUUUUACAUAAACGUCAGUUGCAAGUUUUCUCGAGAUAUGAGCCAUUCUUCACCAUGAGUGGCAUGCGCAAGCAGCAAAAGAAACUUCUUGGCAUUAUCCAUGGAAUGACACAAAGAUUGCAAGUUUUCUCGAGAUAUGAGCCAUUCUUCACCAUGAGUGGCAUGCGCAAGCAGCAAAAGAAACUUCUUGGCAUUAUCCAUGGAAUGACACAAAGAGUGCUAAACGAAAAGAAAGCAGUUUUCGACAAAAAUCUUGAAGAAGGAAAUUUACCAUCUCCAUCACUUCAAGACAUCAUUAAGGUCAACGAAGAAGUCGAUCAGGCUAUAAGAAAGGCCAAAGCUAAAGCCAACAAAGUUACAGGCUUACGUGAUGAUUUAGAUGAUAUCGAUGAGAACGAUAUUGGUGAAAAACGUCGCUUAGCGUUCCUGGACUUGAUGAUUGAAACUUCCCAUUUCAAUCCUAACCAAUUGUCAAAUGAAGAAAUCAAACAACAAGUGGACACAAUAAUGUUUGAGGGACAUGACACAACUGCUGCUGGUUCAAGCUUCACUUUAUGCAUGCUUGGAGUUCACCAAGAUAUUCAAGAAAAAGUCAUGAAAGAGCAAAAAGCUAUUUUUGGAAAUUCAACACGUGAUAUAACAUUUGCUGACACAACUGAAAUGAAAUAUCUGGAGAGAGUUAUAUUAGAAACACUUCGUCUUUAUCCACCAGUGCCAAUAAUUGCAAGAAAAAUCAACACAGACUUGAAAUUAGUUUCUCAAGAUUUAGUCAUUCCUGCCGGAGCUACGGUGGUUAUUGGUACGUUUAGAAUUCAUCGAAGACCAGACAUCUAUAACAACCCAGAGAAGUUUGAUCCCGAUAACUUCCUUCCCGAAAGAACACAACAUCGCCAUUACUAUAGUUACAUUCCGUUCAGUGCAGGCCCAAGAAGCUGCGUUGGACGAAAGUAUGCGAUGCUUAAGUUGAAAGUUUUACUUAGCACAAUUUUGCGAAACUUCCAUAUUAAGAGCACAGUUCCUGAGAAAGAUUUCAAAUUGCAAGCAGACAUCAUUUUGAAGAGAACUGAUGGAUUCAGAAUCUGGCUUGAACCCCAAAUGUACAGAGAAGCGAUGAAUGUCGCUGACACUUACGGAUAUGUUUUUCGUGUUUGGAUUGGUCAUAAAUUGGCAGUUUUCUUAUCUGACCCACGGGACGCUGAAUUGAUUCUUGGCAGUCAUGUUCAUAUCGACAAAUCGGAUGAAUACAGAUACUUUAAGCCUUGGUUAGGAAAUGGUUUACUAAUAAGCACCGGAGAGAAAUGGAGAACUCACCGAAAACUUAUUGCACCAGCUUUCCAUAUGAAUGUAUUGAAGAGUUUCAUGCCAACUUUUAAUGACAAUGCCCGAUUUGUUGUGUCAAAAUUGAAGAAAGAAGUGGGAAAGGAGUUCGACUGUCACGACUACAUGAGUGAAGCUACAGUUGAUAUUUUGCUUGAGACUGCAAUGGGAUCAAGACGAACCAGUGAAGAUGAAGAAGGUUUUAGGUACGCAAUGGCUGUCAUGAAAAUGUGCGAAAUUUUACAUAAACGUCAGUUGCAAGUUUUCUCGAGAUAUGAGCCAUUCUUCACCAUGAGUGGCAUGCGCAAGCAGCAAAAGAAACUUCUUGGCAUUAUCCAUGGAAUGACACAAAGAGUGCUAAACGAAAAGAAAGCAGUUUUCGACAAAAAUCUUGAAGAAGGAAAUUUACCAUCUCCAUCACUUCAAGACAUCAUUAAGGUCAACGAAGAAGUCGAUCAGGCUAUAAGAAAGGCCAAAGCUAAAGCCAACAAAGUUACAGGCUUACGUGAUGAUUUAGAUGAUAUCGAUGAGAACGAUAUUGGUGAAAAACGUCGCUUAGCGUUCCUGGACUUGAUGAUUGAAACUUCCCAUUUCAAUCCUAACCAAUUGUCAAAUGAAGAAAUCAAACAACAAGUGGACACAAUAAUGUUUGAGGGACAUGACACAACUGCUGCUGGUUCAAGCUUCACUUUAUGCAUGCUUGGAGUUCACCAAGAUAUUCAAGAAAAAGUCAUGAAAGAGCAAAAAGCUAUUUUUGGAAAUUCAACACGUGAUAUAACAUUUGCUGACACAACUGAAAUGAAAUAUCUGGAGAGAGUUAUAUUAGAAACACUUCGUCUUUAUCCACCAGUGCCAAUAAUUGCAAGAAAAAUCAACACAGACUUGAAAUUAGCUUCCCAAGAUUUAAUCAUUCCUGCCGGAUCAACUGUUGUAAUUAACACUAUAAUUAUUCAUCGAAGACCAGAUAUCUAUAACAACCCAGAGAAGUUUGAUCCCGAUAACUUCCUUCCCGAAAGAACACAACAUCGCCAUUACUAUAGUUACAUUCCGUUCAGUGCAGGUCCGAGAAGCUGCGUUGGGCGGAAGUAUGCGAUGCUUAAAUUGAAAGUUUUACUUAGCACAAUUUUGAGAAACUUCCAUAUUAAGAGCACAGUUCCUGAAAAGGAUUUCAAAUUACAAGCUGAUAUCAUUUUGAAGAGAGCUGACGGAUUCAGAAUUUGGCUUGAACCUCGCAAUGUUACUAAUGUUAUGGAAUGAAAAAGCAGAGAAUUUGAAAACUUUUACUUAGUGACAACAGAGCACCAACGAAAAAACUCUCAAAAGACUUAACUUUAUAAUUUCUUGUUAAAAUUUAUUUCAAUUAGGUACUUACUGCACUCUUUUUCUUCUCUCAAAAUUAUAUUUUAACAAAUCUAAUAACUUAAUCUUGGCGAGGUUUUCAGGAUCAUUUAUUAAAUCUUAAUUAUUUAAAAUUCUUUGAUGGUUUAAAUUAAAAUAAAAAUAUUUAAUUUUAAGUUUCCUGAAACAAAAGUUGUGGAGUUUAAUUAAUGAAAUCCUGAAAGAAGUCAUAAAUAAAUAUUGUCUCGCUUG